AUAAAAGGCUUGGAAAUGGCUACAGCGAACUAUUUCAGCGGUCCAGAGGAGCUAGAGGAUUCAGAUCAUGCAUUAAAUCUUAUGAAAGAACUGAAAUUGUUCUACGACUCUCAACUUCUGGUUGAUGUUACAAUCGAGGUGGGUUCAGAUCAGGAUGGAUCUUCAGGAUCUUCAGGAUCUUCCAGCAAAACUGAAACAGCCAAACGUUUUCAGUGUAAUCGCAACAUUCUGGCAGCAGCAAGUCCUUAUUUUAAGAGCAUGUUUACAGGAGGGUUGUAUGAGAGCACCCAGAGCAAGAUCACGAUUCACGAUGUGGAUGCAGACUCCAUGGCUCAGAUCAUUAACUACUGUUACACAGGUAAAGUGACAAUCACAGAAAGCAACGUGCAAAGACUUUACACAGCUGCUAACAUGCUGCAGGUGGAGUACAUCCGACAUGCCUGUGCUGAUUUCAUGUCAAGAAGGCUGGACCUAUCUAACUGCACUGGGAUCUUAAAAUUUGCAGACACCUUUGACAAUCCAGACCUGAAAAGCAAAGCUCAGACCUUCAUCGCAAAGCACUUUGCCAAGCUUAGUGCCAGUGGGAAAGAGCUGUGUGAACUGGACAUGAAACUAAUAAAAGAAAUCCUCACUUUGGACUUUCUGGAUGUUGAUUGUGAAAGCAAGGUGUGCACUGUGGCACUUCAGUGGAUUGAACAUAAUCUGCCUCUGGAUAAAGAUGCAUUGCAGAUCCUUCAAUGUGUCAGAUGGUCCUUGUUCACAGAAAACGAGAGGUUAUACUUAGAAAGCCUCAAGUCGAAACCUUUCAUACACAAACACAUUUCAUAUUUCACAGAUUUCAGUACUACUGGAGAUAGACCUCUGACUUUAAAUCAUGCCAAGCACAGAAUUGGUAAGACUGCAAGAGAAAUGGUGCUUUUCUUUGGAAGACCCAAUGAACCUUUCAUGUGUUAUGAUCCUUACACGGAAGAUAUUUACUCAAUGGCGUCUCCCGCCAUUAAUUUAAACGUUCAAAACUUUAAACGUUCACCCAUGGAAACAUUUUUAGUCUGUAGCACCCCAGAUAACAACCUGUACAUAGCGUCGCACCUGUCAAAGCACUUUUGGGUGUAUAAUCCUCUGCUGAACUGCUGGCAAGAGCUGGCUGAGAGACUGCUUGGAAGAAUGCACUCAUACAUAGGGUACCUUAAUGGGCACAUUUACAUUCUUGGUGGAAGAGAUUCUGUAUCAGAUGCCAGACUCAAGGAAGUUGAGUGUUACAGCAUUCAAAGAAAUCAGUGGACGUUCAUAGCCCCUUUGCCUCAUUCCUUAGGUAAGAUGCAAGUUGUAACAGUCAAUGAGCAACUUUACGUUGUAAACAAGAGAAGAAUACUCUGCUAUGAGCCCAAGAAAAACCAGUGGCUCCAGCGUGGCUCGUUAAAACGCAAUAAGCUGCACAAAGCCUGCGUCUUUCAGGACCAGAUCAUCUGUCUUUGCGACAUCCCAGUGGUGAAGGCGUACAACCCGGUCAGAGGAGAAUGGAGGCGCAUUGUGGACAUACCCAUCGACAGCAGUGCUCUGAACUACCAAGUGGUGCAACACAACAACAAACUGUUACUCCUUACUCUUGCCAUUGUUCAUCACAACAAAAACAGACUUGUCAUACACGAGUAUGACUCCUCUAGAGACACUUGGAAAAACGUGGUCACCAUGUUCGGGUCUUCGUUUGGUUCGAUAAGCCUUUCUGCACGCAUUUACACAGCUUGCCUUAGUUCAGGACAGAACUUUAUUAGUGAAGAGGAUGAUGACAGUGGCUCCAGUGUAGACUGGGACUUUGGAUUGACUGAUGCAGACUCAGAUUCAGGCAGUUCAAGCUCUUUUUCUGAUGAGAACUGGUAGCAAACACUGUAUGAAUGUGUUUUACUUUCAAGUUCAGGGAUGUAUGUUGGAAAUACACAGGGUCUGUAAUAAGGUAAUAAAACAAUGCUGAAUGGA